CCCUGCUUGCUUACCACAAGUUUCCGUUGGUAACUCGAAAUUCAACGUCGUCACUUCAAACGUGGCAACAAUUCAUCACUCAAGCUUCAUUACAACACCAACACCAACAAACUCUUCGCCCAUAAUAUCAAUAAUGGUGUCCGAAUCGCCUCAACUUUCUUCUUCCUCUUCCCAGUUUGCUUCAAAACCGCUCAAGGUUCUCAUAGUCGACGAUAAUGACAUAAAUCUGAAGAUAUUAACAAGGAUAUUAGCAAAACACUUUGGCCAUUUAAUACAAGCAACUUCAACGUUGAGCAGCGGUGUAUCGGCAUUGGACUCGUUAUCGAGAGAUGAAUAUGAUCUGAUAUUAAUUGACAUUGAGAUGCCGGUCUUAAGCGGGGUAGAGACGACAAUAGAGAUACGAAGUGUCGAUAGUAAAUAUAAGAUAUUAGAGAGUAAUCGAAAAAUACCAAUUAUCGCCGUCACAACUAAUACUCUCGAGGAUGAACGCAAAAAGUAUACAGAGGCUGGUAUGAAUGGUUGUGUCGCAAAACCGAUCCACUUGAAUGAAUUAAAGACCGCGAUAGAAAAAGCGAUCGACAACGACGAUCCUGAUGACAUUAACGAGCAUUCCAUGUACGCACGUUUCUCGCAAUAUCCGGAAAUAAAAAUGGUAAUAAAUGACGACGAUGCAUCUCAUGAUCUCUAUUACUUGUUAUAUUGGUGGACACCAGACGCUUUAUAA